AUGAAAAAUGUUCUAAUUUCCAAAAUUGCAUCCGUUACAUUUGCAAAUAUAUCUGCGAACCAAAAGGAUAAUCCUUCUGCAUGGAGCAUCACCGAGGUGGAGGGCAACUACGUGUAUGCCAACAAGGACCUCUUCUGGGUCGGCUACGACAACCCCAACACUAUCAAGGCUAAGGCACAAUACGCCAAAAACACUGGUCUGGCAGGCAUCAUGUACUGGGCCAUAGACUUGGACGACUUCAGCGGCACUUGCGGAGACAAGUUCCCACUCGUUUCUGCCGGCAUUGCUGGAUACAACUCUGCUUAAUUUAAACAAUAGUUUUACUAUAAAAUUUCAGUACUAAAUAAAAUAUUUUAUUGUAAUAAU